AUGGUGCAGUUCCAAACCCUUUGGCAGUUGGUGCAAGGCUUGAUGCUGAGCCUGACCACGCUUUUGUGGACCUUUCUGCUGAUUAUGAUCCUGAUGUACAUCUUCGCCAUUUUAGGCAUGGAGCUCAUCACCAUCGAUGGUGCCUUACCCAGCGAGAGCCCCUACAACGUCGCUGCUCGGGAGAACUUCCGAAGCUUCCAGGACGCCAUCCUGACCUUGCUGCAAGUCUUCAGCCUUGAUUCCAUCGGCUCUGUGUACCGGCCUUUGGUGAACCAGCGUAUGUUCCUCUUUUUCUACUUCAUCACCGCGAUGCUAGUGCUGGCAAUCGCCUUGAUGAAUUUAGUCACUGCAGUCAUGGUGAACACGUCGCUGGACCAAGCUUCCCAGGACAAAGAGGCGAAGCAGGCCUGGGAGGCCGCGAAGCGCAAGAAGCAGGUGGAGCACUUGAGGCGCAUGUUCGCGAGCCUCGACGAGGAUGGCUCCGGGGAGUUGUCGCUGGAGGAGCUUUUGGAGGCCCCAGAGGACCUGAUCUGCGACCUCAAAGAAAUCAGUACUGUGGAUGAUCUGGAGGAGUUGUUCUCCAUGUUGGAUUAUGACGGAGGGGGCGCCAUUGACACCAACGAGUUCUGCGAAGGCAUCUUGAAGGUUGCCAACGAGUCGCGGAGUGCCGUGGAGCUGGGGCGCCUCAUGAAGCAGUGCAAUGAGAUUCUCUCCAACACCAACAUGCUGAUGGACUUUGUGAAGGCGCCCGUGGACAAGGUCAAAGGAGACGCCGCUCGCGGAUCGACGCCCAUGACAGGCCAAGCGCUGGCUUGCACGAGCGGGUGGGGAAAUUGGAGAACGAGGUGGCAGCCAUGCACGAGGACCUAA